AUGGUUUACCACACAGGUAUAACAAGUAAAUCCAAGAAGAAACACGUGAUAAUCGCAGUCGUCGCCUGCAUCUCCGCGCUGGCAUUCCUUUUAGCGCUCGCUGGUGUUUUCUUCUGGACAAGAGGGAAGAAGAAGGCAAGAAAAACAGGAUCUAGUAAAUGGAGCGGCGGUUCACGCAGCACUCCCCGCCAGUAUGAUGGAAGUAGUCACAAUGAUGACUUGGAACUGCCGAUAUUUGAUCUGGGGACAAUCGCAGCUGCCACUGAUGGUUUCUCCAUCGAUAACAAACUCGGCGAGGGUGGCUUUGGACCGGUGUAUAAGGGUAAGCUUGAGGAUGGACAGGAAAUAGCUGUCAAGACACUCUCAAAAACAUCCGUACAGGGUCUCGAUGAGUUCAAGAAUGAGGUUAUGUUAAUAGCUAAACUCCAGCACCGGAACCUUGUCCGGCUUCUUGGCUAUAGCAUUAGUGGACAAGAAAGGCUACUUAUCUAUGAAUAUAUGGAAAAUAAGAGCCUGGAUUACUUCCUAUUUGCAGAAAAAUCCAACAGUAUCCAACUUGAUUGGCAAGUGCGAUACUCUAUCAUAGAAGGCAUUGCUCGAGGAUUACUGUAUCUCCACCAGGACUCAAGAUACAGAAUCAUCCAUAGAGACAUGAAGGCAAGUAAUGUUCUUCUAGACAAGGAGAUGACUCCCAAAAUUUCUGACUUUGGCAUGGCAAGAAUGUUUGGCAGUGAAGAGACAGAAAUCAAUACGUGUAAAGUCGUUGGCACAUAUGGCUACAUGGCUCCAGAGUAUGCAAUGGAUGGAGUCUUCUCAGUCAAAUCAGAUGUAUUUAGUUUUGGAGUAUUACUGCUGGAAAUAAUAAGUGGUAGAAGAAACAGAGGGGUGUAUUCCUACUCAAAUCACCUAAAUCUUCUAGGACAUGCAUGGAGCUUAUGGAACGAAGGGAAAGGCGUAGAAUUAGCAGAUGAAACCAUGAAUGGCUCGUUCAACUCAGAUCAAGUACUCAAAUGCACCAGAGUGGGGCUCCUGUGUGUGCAAGAGAACCCAGAUGAUCGUCCAUUGAUGUCCCAAGUGCUUAUGAUGUUAGCUGCUACAGAUACUGCCACAUUGCCAACUCCUAAGCAGCCUGGUUUUGCAGCUAGAAGAAUUCAAAUGGAAACAGAGACGUCAUCAAGUAAACCAGACAGCAGCAUAUUCAACAGUGCGACCGUUACCAUUGAAGGUCGAUAG